AUAGAUAGUAAAUGGCAAUAUGUUCCUUUAUCUAAUGCGAAUUACAUCGACGCCGCCGACCCAGAGUUUCAUCCUUCAUCUAUUUUCUAUACUCUCUUUCCUUUUCCAUUUCCAAUGCCAUCUUUCUCGUUCUUAAGAACACUCAGGGUCUCUCUUUUUCCGCCUUAUCCCCCAAUUGCAAUUCCAACUGCAACCCUCCAUUCUCAACCUCACUCUCACCAUCAUCACCAUGAUGCUGUUGCCUCAUUCAAUCGCAUGCUUCUUAUGCGCCCUCCCCCACCCACCUUCCAUUUUAACAACAUUCUGAGUUCCCUUGUCAAUAACAAGCAUUAUCCCACUGUCAUCUCCCUUUUUAAACAAUUCGAACCAAAUGGGAUUACACCUGACCUUUGUACUCUGAGUAUCCUCAUCAAUUGUUUCUGCCAUCUGACUCACAUCACUUUUGCUUUUUCUGUAUUGGCCAACAUUCUCAAGAGGGGUUAUCAUCCAAAUGCAAUUACCCUCAACACACUCAUCAAAGGCCUCUGUUUUUGUGGGGAGAUUAAAAGAGCACUGUACUUUCACGAUAAGGUCGUAGCUCAAGGGUUCCAGUUGGACCAAGUCAGUUAUGGGACAUUGAUCAAUGGUUUGUGCAAAGCAGGAGAGACAAAGGCUGUCACACGGUUACUGAGGAAGCUGGAAGGACACUCGGUUAAACCUGAUGUGGUAAUGUACACUACAAUAAUUCAUUGCUUAUGCAAAAAUAAACGCGUAGGAGAUGCCUGUGAUGUGUACUCUGAGAUGAUUGUUAAGGGAAUUUCCCCGAAUGUCUUCACCUACACUACUCUGAUCCAUGGCUUAUGCAUCAUGGGUAAGAUGAAAGAAGCAUUUUCCUUGUUGAAUGAAAUGAAAUUGAAAAACAUCAACCCCAGUGUUUGUACCUUUAACAUAUUGAUUGAUGCAUUAGGCAAGGAAGGUAAGAUGAAAGAAGCUAAAAUUGUGUUAGCUAUGAUGAUGAAAGCAUGUAUUAAGCCUAAUGUUGUUACUUAUAAUUCUCUAAUAGAUGGAUACUUCUUGGUUAAUGAAGUAAAACACGCAAAGUAUGUAUUCCAUUCUAUGGCUCAAAGGGGAGUGACACCUGAUGUUCAGUGUUAUACUAUCAUGAUUGAUGGGUUAUGUAAGAAAAAAAUGGUAGAUGAAGCUAUGAGUCUCUUUGAAGAAAUGAAACACAAAAAUAUGUUUCCUAAUAUUGUGACUUAUACUUCUCUUAUUGAUGGUCUGUGCAAAAAUCAUCAUCUAGAGAGGGCAAUUGCAUUAUGCAAGAAAAUGAAAGAGCAGGGAAUUCAGCCAAAUAUAUACUCAUACACAAUACUUCUUGAUGCACUGUGCAAGGGUGGAAGACUUGAGAAUGCAAAGCAGUUUUUCCAGCAUCUUUUGGUUAAAGGCUAUCAUCUGAAUGUUCGGACAUAUAAUGUUAUGAUCAAUGGGCUUUGUAAAGCGGGCCUGUUUGGUGAUGUGAUGGAUUUGAAGUCAAAAAUGGAAGGCAAAGGUUGCAUGCCCAAUGCUAUAACUUUUAAAACAAUUAUUUGUGCCCUACUUGAAAAAGAUGAAAAUGAUAAGGCAGAGAAAUUCCUCCGAGAAAUGAUUGCUAGAGGCCUACUGGAAGUGUAAAACUAGAUGCGAUGGUUUCCAAUUAUUAUUGAAUAAAUAGUUCAUUCAUAACAACAAAUAUUCAACCGUUCAUUUUUUCUGAUUUAUAUAUACUUUUUAUACCCAUUCCCAUUUGCUUAUAGAUACAAUCCUGUACAUAUGACUCAACUUCACUAGUCUACUUUUGGUAUUUUUAUUUGCAUUUUCCCUUUCAAUUUUGAUUUGCAUGUGAGCUUUGGGUUAAUUUACCAUCAGUUUACUUUCUUCUCUUAUUUUACUAGGAUAUUUUUUUAUCAUUCUGCAUGUGUUCAACACAUAGUUCAACAAAUUUUUUUAAAGCUUUGCCAGUGCCCACUUCAUUUUUUUUUGUCAGACUCUAUCAUUGAUAUGAUGAAAACUGUGCAUUGUAUUGCUUUGGCAAUAUCUUAUAAAACUACAAGCUGAGUGUUUGUAUUUGGUACUUGUUUAUAAAUGCCAUUUCUAGGAGCAUAGCAUUGAGGAUUUGAUGGUUAACUUUGCAUAUAUUCAAUAACCAUAAUCAGUUGUUGUUUACAAUCAAAAUCAUUGUGUUGAGUGUCAGUAAAUUUUUCACUUUGUGAGGAAUGUUUGAAUUCAUUUAUCAUGUGGUGCAUCCAACCAAUUUGCGCUUUAAGCUACCUAGCUUUGUGAGCUGAGGAAGGGGCUUUGAUUAGGUCGGGAUUUCAUUGUCAGUUCCUGACAAUUCACUUUGCAAGGAAUGUGCUAAUUUCAUUGUCAAUAGACCCACAGUCUUGGGGCAUGAGUCUGGUAAUAUUGUAGAUGAUAUUGCACUGAAUAAAUUGGCUUUGUAGCCUGGAAUCAGUUGCCCAAGAUGCCAUUUCUAUAAAGUUGGCUGCAAUAAUCCCUGUCCCCUGAUAGAAUCUUCAUUCUACUUCCUCUGCAUAAACCACAGUUCUUGUGCCAAUAAGCCUUGGCAUAUCCUAUGGCAUGUUUUUAUGAUGCUGUUGAGGAGCAUGUUGGUAAGAAAUGCCAUGAUGGGCAUGGUGAUGUUGAUGAUGGUGAAGACCAGAAUGAUUUUGUGGACAUUUUGCUUUCGAUUCAAGAGACUAACACCACAGAUUUCCAGAUUGAUAGAACAUUCGUCAAGACUUUGGUCAUGAGUUUCAACCAGGGAGAUUCUUGAAGAGUUCAUUGGAUAUCAAAGGACAUGAUUUCGAAUUGAUCCGAUUUGGAGCUAGAAGAAGGGGUUGUCCAGGAAUAGGCUUUGCCAUGGCUUUGAAUGAGGUAGUCCUUGCAAACAUUGUGCACCAGUUUUAUUGGGCAGUGCCUGGUGGAGUGGUGGAGGGAACAGACACUGAAUAUGUUUGAAACUACUGGAUUGAUUAUUCACAAAAAGUUAACCUCUUGUUGCAUUUUCAUCACCUUAUGUGUAACAAUAUUUUUUUUAACUAAAAGAAUUGAACUUACUACUAGAAGUUUACUACAACUCAUGCACAUUGCUCAAAACAUUUAUAAUAAUUCAUGCAAAUUGUUCAAUCAACUGAA